GAAACAUUUCCGUCGCCAUUAAAUCAGAAGAACAUAAUGGAUCAGUAUUUCAUUUUUUCUUAGUGGAAAGUGGUGAAAAUGAAGCUUUUUAUGAAUUAUUUACCAGUGAUCUUGUUUUUGCUCAUACAUGGCGUGUCUGGUACUGAUAAAGUCAGAUUGUCAGUGAAGGAGGGAGAUUCAGUCACUCUACACACUGGUGUUAAAACAGACCAACAAGAAGAGAUUAAAUGGUUUCUUAUCAGUAGUACUCGUAUCGCUCAAAUCAGUGGAGAUCUCAGUUUUAUCUGUACUGAUGUUCAGUGUAAUAAUGGUACUGAGAGAUUCAGAGACCGAGUGAAGCUGGACAAUCAGACUGGAUCUCUGACCAUCAUGAACAUCACAAACACAGACUCUGGAGAUUAUAAACUACAGAUCAUCAGCAGCAGCAGUGACAGUGGAAAGAUCUUCAUUGUUACUGUCCAUGAUGUUCCUGCUGCUGAACGAGAUGAAAUUGUGAGAAAGUCAGUGGAGGGAGAAUCUGUCACUUUAGAUCCUGGUGUAAUAAAAACCACAAAUGAGACCAUGAAAUGGUAUUUUAAUGACACUCUCAUCGCUGAAAUCACUGGAGAUCAGAGUGAGAUCUGUACAGAUGAUCAGGGUUAUAACAGUACUGAGAGAUUCAGAGGCAGACUGAAGCUGGAUCAUCAGACUGGAUCUCUGACCAUCACGAACAUCACAAACACUGACUCUGGAGUUUAUGAACUAAAGAUAAUCAUCAGCAAUAGCAACUUCAGCAUCACCAGAGUGAAGAGAUUCAGUGUUUCUGUCACUGCUGUUUCAGAUUCAGGUCUGUCUUCAGCUGCUGUAGUAGGAAUAGUUGUUGCUGUUGUUCUGCUGGUGGCUGCUGCUGUAGCUGCUGGUGUGGUUUACUAUCGCAGCAGGAGCCAUACAGCAGUACCACCGAAUGAUGAUGAUGAUCCGAAUGCCGUUCCUUUGAGGUAGAUGGGAUGUCCUUAAAUCAGCCUCCAGCCAAGGUUACUAAAACAAAGUAACAUUUAUAAUUUUGAUGCUUACAUUAAAAGGGAUACUGAAGACAAUUAGGAAAUGACGGAGAGGUCGCUGAUAGAGUAAAUGUCAUGACUGCACAAUUUUAUUACUGUAGCUGGUACCAAUACAGACAGAUUUCACCUAUUAUACAUGCAAAUUUAAAUACAAUGCCAAGAACUGAUUUCUUAGCAUGUGUAUUUUAUUUUUUUUUUAAUGAUAAAGUAAGAAAUUUAGCUUUAAAAGAUACAGAGCAACACAUUACCAGCAGUAGAUCAGCGAGGGCUUAAUAAGGAACACUUAUUCACUAUUAACUAUGACUUUUCCCCUCAAUAAAUUCCUAAUUUGCUGCUUAUUAAUAGUUAGUAAGGUAGUUGUUAAGUUUAGGUAUUGGGUAGGAUUAGGGAUGUAGAAUAAGGUCAUGCAGAAUAAGGCAUUAAUAUGUGCUUAAUUACUACUAGAAAAUGUCUAAUAUUCUAGUAAUAUGCAUGCUAAUAAGCAACCAGUUAAGAGACCUUAAAAUAAAGUGUUACCAUGUUUUUCAGUAUGUAGAGGUUUAUUAAAGCUGCUACACUGAUCCAGACAUUUUAUGAGGUGCUUAUUAGUUAUUUGGUUUUAUUUGUUGGCAUGUGAGGAGAUGAAGACCUUUCAUGUCAUCCCAUCCCAUCCUGUGUCUCUUUUAGUUCUAUAUAUUCAGCUGUGAUUUAUUUUAUUUUUAUUUUUACUUACUGCAUUUUGGUGAUGUGUUUGUCUUGUAGAAUAUUAUCACUAUUUGAUGGAGACAAUUGCCUUCGAUUGAAUACCUUGUUUGGCCUUCUAUUUAGACUUAUAGAUUUUCAUAUUCCUAUUUUUGGAUUUGUAUUCAUCUGGUGCUCAUUAAUAGUCUCAGUCUCAUGAGGUUUAUGUAAGGUAAAUGUUUUAACCAACAAAAAAACCAACAAGAAGAGAUUAGAUUGUAUUUUAUUGAUAAUCUCAUCCUAAAAUCUAUAUAGAUCUCAGUUCAAUCUGUACAAAUGUUUUUUUUUUUUUUUUUGAUAAUGUUUUAACCACUAACACUAACCCUUAGUCAUCCACCUUCAUCAGAAAACACUUUCCACCAGCUACUGAAACCAAAACCAGCCUCAAGAGUUUGGAAAUUCACUGAUUUGUUUUAAAGUUAGUGAAACACUUGCUGAAUGUAUUUAUUAUGUGUUCAAUGCCUCUGUUAAAUACAGUUACUCUACCAUUAAACCAUGAUAGAGGAAUGUUACAGCACAGUUAACACACAAAUGCGUUUUAUACUUGAUAAACCAAUGCAACUGAAUUAUAGUGAAUGUAUUUGGUAGAUAUCUUUAUCUUCAUUAUUGAAAUCGCAGUGUUCAAUCUUCUUACCUGAAGUUGUGAAGGAAUCAUCUUUGUCAUUUUAUAAGGUGCUGAUUGGUUCAUUUUAUUGGUUUGAAUGUGAGGAGAUGAAGAGCUGUCGUGUCAUUGUCUUUGAUUUUGUGUCUCUUUCAGUUCUAUUGUGUUCGGCUGUGAUUGUCCAGUAGUACUCUUUUUAAAAUUCAUGGAAUUAUUGUAUUUUGUUAAUGUGUCUGUAGAAUAUUAGCACUGUUUGAUGGACACGAUUUCCUUCAAUUAAAUACUCAUUCUAGCCUUCAG